UUUACUCUGAAUUUCAUUCCUCCUAAAGGAGAUAGUUGCAUUUGUGCGAACGAAACAAGAAACGCGUAAUAUUUGUCAUUAAUAAUUCAUUUCCAGUGAAAACAAUAAUAAACUGUGUUAGGAAUCUGAUAUACUAUUCUUGCAAUAUACAAUUUGAACAUUGAUAUCAAAUUUCAAAAGUUUCGUAAAACUAUCUGCUGUCCUCGCAAACGGGAGAACUCCCCUUGAAUAGCUCUGCACGAACAUAUUUACAAAAGCAGUCAUCAAUAUGCCUCAGGAAAUCAAACGGGAACGAAAAAGUACCCAGUCGAUGAUGUCUUCAAAAAGAAGUCACUGGAAUGAAGUUCCUUUAUCGCCGUGCCCAAUUCCGGAUAUUAGUGAUGACGAACUGGUAUCGAUUUCCGUGCGAGAUCUAAACCGCACACUGAAGCUGCGAGGCCUCACGCGAGACGAGAUCGUUCGUAUGAAACAACGCAGAAGGACUCUCAAAAACCGGGGUUAUGCGGCUAGUUGCAGAAUCAAGCGAAUCGAACAGAAAGACGAGCUUGAAACGGAAAAAUCACAAGAGUGGCGUGAUAUGGAAGAUAUGCACGAGAAUAAUCUCAAGCUGAAGGAUGAAGUGGAAACUAUGCGCAGUAAAUAUGAAGCACUGCGAAAGUUUGCUAUUAGCAACAAAAUUCCGCUUCCACCGGAAUUAGAUGUUUUGUAAAUUGUAUGCAGAUGAAAGGAUUUAUAUGAUUCCAUUCAAUGUAACGAUAUAAAUUAUGGUGAUUUAUUUUUUUUUUCUUUGCUCUGUCAUUAGAUGACUGGCUACGGCCACAAUGGGCCCAUCUCGCCAGAUGGUGAUUUAGUGUUGUUCGUUUUUUUUUGUAGAUAUAUAAAAUAUUCUCACAGCCAUACUUCUUAUUUACGCUGUUUCUGUAUUUUGAAUUUCUAAGAAUAAUAAAUAAUACUUUUGAUAUGUUUA